AUGCCCGCCUCCCCUGCCCGGGCCAUGGGGUCUGGAGGGGGGGGCGAGUGGUGGCCGCCGGUGGGGUUUCAGAACGUCGCACAGCCCCAUGGCUCCACGUUCUCGAGAAAACAUCCAAAAGACGGUCCGGCGAAUCACGUCCUCCGGGUCGACGGGCGGCCUGGCAUCGUGCCCCCGGCCGUCGUAUCGGGUGGUGCUGUCCGGAUAGCCUGUGAGGAACUUCGUCACAGGGCUAACAUGACACUCGACUGCCGCCCGGUGCCGUCGCCGCUGACACGCAUGAUGCAUCCCGUGGCGGCUGGUCGUCGCGACGUCAAUCUGCAGACGUCGAAGCAGCGCCGCCAGCUUGUCUCAGCCAGAAGGGCGACUGCGGUUCAUGUCAACGGCCUGACGGCGUCUCGUCUCAAAUUGCAAUAG